CUAAUGUGUCACGGCUCACAGGAACGCCAGUCUGCUUCGCCCUUGACUCCACGCUUUGCAAAUCAGGAGAGCUGCUCAUAGUUCGUUGCAACUCCCUGCCUUUUGGUCACAAACGAAGCGACUCCAACAACUGUCACCCAGAUUUGAAACUUUACUCACCAUGUUGUCCUUGCAGAUUGCCCUUAUCAUCCUUUUGCUCCUGAACAUUUCUGCCAAUGGACUCGUCGAGGAGAACCGCUCUAGCCGUCUUCGUUCGUCGUCGAUGCAACGCACUACCGAUGAGUUACACCGAAUGCUACCCGGUGAAGAUGAGACUCCCAGCCCAACCAGUGCCAGCCCUAGUAUUUCACCCAGACCAUCUAUAUCGCCCCCUCCCUCGUUGUCUCCUACAGUCACCGCCUUUCCAAGCAUCAUGCCAACGUUAGGUCCAAGUCAGGAGCCAACGCGCCUCCCGACCACGGAACCGACUGCCGCCCCAACAAUUGCACCAAGCACUGCUCAGCCCUCAAUGGCCCCCACGAUGGAGCCCACAAUGUCAUUUCAACAACGGGUGAUGGAAAGCCCCGAAGCAAUCGCGUCGAUGAUGAUUCCCCUAGCAUCGCUUGGUAUUGUUGCAUUGGCUGUUCGUCGUAAGCGCAACAUGGAGACGAAGAUUGCUUUAGAAGGCUUGCUGAAUGAAAAAGUUCCCGACGAGAUUGCCGUCCCUGCCAAACAGCCCGCUGGCAUGAUGAAUGGAGUGGAGUUGGUAGAUGCGUCCGUGUGGAAGCCCAACACCGAGUGGCAACCCAACGAAGCGACCGUGGUCCAAGUGCCCUCGGAACUCACGUCGGAUCUCUCAACCGAGUAUGUGGUCAUGCACUAGUUACAAUACUACGGAUCGCUCAUUCAACAGGAAGGGACAGAUUGUGUCUUGUUUGGUGUUCUUGGAGGAGAUAGAGAGAAAAGACGGCUCUUUCAUUUUGAGUGCACUGUAAUGCCUACUAGAUUUCUAUUGUUUGUCCCG